ACACUGAAUCUCGUCUUCCCUCUUUCGAUUUCCAGCCACGGCAACCAGUGAGUGAAACCGUGUCUUUGUUGUUGCGCGUGAAAGGUUGCGUUUAUCCGCACUUUUCUCGGCGGUUAAACGGGAGAACGAGCAAGCGGAUCACCCGCAGCGAACCCGAGCAGUUAAGCCGCGGCAAACAAGAGCGAAAACUAAGCAAAACUUGGAUCUGUUGAGUUCCGUAGUCAAAGCGGAACAUACCUCGAUCCUUCUUGCGAUUAUUUCCUCUUUUCUCUGGACGGGGAAAGGCUGUUGGAUUGGGUUCGAGCAGACUGGAUCGUUACGGGUUCGUUCACGCUGGCGUGAUAUAACAAGUUUCCAUCUAUUUAUAUGCGUCUAUAGCCAACUCGCGGAGGUCAGAUUUUACAUGUAGGAAAAACAACGAAUUCCGUCCUGCUGGUUGACUGGCACCAAAUCUGAAGUUAGUUCACAGAUGCAGAGUAAACAAACGCGCUUUACGAGCAGACAUCCAAAGAAAGACUUUAUUUGUCCGCGCACGGUUUUACUUAAAGACAUUUUUCGUAUUUAUCAGGAGUUUUAAGGAGAGGGCUUGUACUGAAGCCAACAGGGGUCGUUUCUUCUGGAUGCACUGAAUGAGGAACGUCCCAUGUGCGGCUGCCACUCUUCCUGACAGAAACAGCCAUCAAAGCUCUAAGUUUCUCUGUGGUGCAUCUUCACGCUGACAGAUCUGACGUCCUACGGUGUGACUAAAGUUUAACCAGAAUAAUGGCCAACAACACCACAGACCACCCGCAGGGGAACUCGGUCAUCGAGGUUGACCAUGAGGGGGAUUUUGGAUGCACGACGAUGCAGCUUCGCGAUCUGAUGGAGCUUCGCAGCUCUGAGGCGGUCAGCAAGAUCGCCGAAUGUCAUGGAGAUGUGCAGGGGAUCUGCCUCAAACUAAAGACCUCUCCCGUCGAAGGACUCUCUGGUAACCCUACUGAUUUGGAAAAACGCCACGCAGCGUUUGGUCAGAACUUCAUCCCCCCAAAGAAGUCCAAGACUUUUCUUCAGCUAGUGUGGGAAGCCCUCCAGGAUGUCACCCUCAUUAUUCUGGAGGUGGCAGCUCUUAUUUCCCUCUGCCUGUCUUUCUACCACCCGUCAGGGAAAGGCCACGACAGCUGUGGAGAAGCAACUGGAGGUGCUGAGGAUGAGGGUGAAGCUCAAGCAGGCUGGAUCGAAGGUGCUGCCAUCUUGUUCUCUGUAAUCAUUGUGGUGCUGGUGACCGCUUUCAACGACUGGAGCAAAGAGAAACAAUUUCGUGGGCUGCAGAGCCGCAUUGAGCAGGAACAGAAGUUCACGGUCAUUCGCAAAGGCCAGGUCAUCCAGAUACCUGUGGCUGAAAUCGUUGUAGGUGACAUCGCACAAAUCAAAUAUGGUGACCUUCUCCCAGCUGAUGGUAUCUUGAUCCAGGGUAAUGACCUGAAAAUUGAUGAAAGCGCUCUGACUGGGGAGUCUGAUCAUGUCCGCAAAUCUCUGGAGAAGGACCCCAUGCUACUUUCUGGGACUCACGUGAUGGAGGGAUCUGGCAGAAUGGUGGUCACUGCCGUGGGCCUGAAUUCUCAAACUGGAAUAAUUUUCACCCUCUUGGGCGCUAGCAGUGAGGAUGAGGAGAAGAAGGUGAAGAAAGGUAAAAAACAAGGACCCCCCGAAAAUCGCAACAAAGCUAAGACCCAAGAUGGCAUUGCCCUUGAGAUCCAACCACUGAAGAGCGAGGAAGGAGCAGAGUGUGAAGAAAAGGAGGAGAAGGAAGAGAAGCAGAAAAAGAAGGUCAAUGUCCCCAAGAGAGAGAAGUCGGUCCUUCAGGGCAAGCUGACCAGGCUGGCAGUUCAGAUUGGAAAAGCAGGUCUCAUUAUGUCCGCUGUGACCGUCAUCAUUCUCAUCCUUUAUUUCGUCAUCGAUACCUUCGGCGUGAAGGGACAAAAGUGGACAGCCGAGUGCACGCCCAUCUACAUUCAGUACUUUGUGAAGUUUUUCAUCAUUGGUGUGACUGUGCUGGUUGUGGCAGUGCCAGAAGGAUUACCUCUUGCUGUCACUAUCUCCCUGGCAUAUUCUGUAAAAAAAAUGAUGAAGGACAACAACCUAGUGAGACAUCUGGAUGCUUGUGAAACAAUGGGUAACGCCACGGCCAUCUGUUCGGAUAAAACUGGAACGCUGACUAUGAAUCGCAUGACGGUGGUGCAGGCUUAUAUAGGUGACACGCACUAUAAGAGUGUUCCUGAACCAGAUGUCAUUAAUCCCAAUACUUUGGAGAUACUGGUGAACAGCAUUUCUAUAAACUCGGCAUACACUAGCAAGAUCCUGCCCCCUGAAAAGGAGGGUGGUUUGCCGAGGCAUGUGGGUAAUAAGACGGAGUGUGGACUUCUGGGUAUGGUUCUGGCGCUGAAGAGAGACUAUCAGCCUGUUAGGGAUGAGGUUCCCGAGGAGAAAUUUUACAAAGUUUACACGUUCAACUCAAGUAGAAAGAGCAUGAGCACCGUGGUGAAGAACGCAACCGGUUCCGGCUUCCGCAUGUACAGCAAGGGCGCUUCCGAGAUCCUUCUGCGCAAGUGCUCUCAAAUCCUUGAUGCUUCAGGCCAGCCACGUGCCUUUAAACCCAAGGAUCGGGAUGAAAUGGUGCGCAAAGUGAUCGAGCCGAUGGCCUGCGAAGGGUUAAGAACCAUUUGCGUUGCCAUGAGAGAUUUCUCAUCGGAACCAGAAUGGGAAAAUGAGGCAGAUAUUUUGAACGAUUUGACCUGCAUCUGCGUGGUGGGCAUUGAAGACCCUGUCCGCCCCGAGGUUCCUGAGGCUAUUUCUAAAUGCCAGAGAGCUGGCAUCACUGUCCGCAUGGUCACCGGAGACAACAUUAACACGGCUCGUGCUAUUGCCACAAAAUGUGGAAUCCUGCUGCCCGGAGAGGACUUCCUGUGCAUGGAGGGCAAAGAAUUCAAUCAACAGAUCCGCAAUGAUAAAGGAGAUGUAGAGCAAGAGCGUCUUGACAAGGUCUGGCCCAAAUUGCGUGUUCUGGCCCGUUCCUCCCCAACAGACAAACACACACUGGUGAAAGGCAUCAUUGAUAGCACAGUUGGAGAGACCAGACAGGUGGUGGCUGUGACUGGAGAUGGAACCAACGACGGCCCUGCUCUCAAAAAAGCCGAUGUUGGGUUUGCUAUGGGAAUUGCUGGCACGGAUGUUGCUAAGGAGGCCUCUGACAUCAUUCUUACCGAUGACAACUUCACAAGUAUCGUCAAAGCCGUGAUGUGGGGACGUAACGUGUACGAUAGCAUCUCCAAAUUCUUGCAGUUUCAGCUGACGGUCAAUGUGGUAGCCGUGAUCGUUGCGUUUACUGGGGCCUGCAUCACACAGGACUCUCCUCUUAAAGCUGUUCAGAUGUUGUGGGUAAAUCUGAUUAUGGAUACGCUGGCAUCGUUGGCUCUGGCCACAGAACCCCCGACAGAAUCACUACUGCUACGUAGACCUUACGGACGGGACAAGCCACUCAUAUCCAGGACUAUGAUGAAGAACAUCCUAGGACAUGCCGUCUACCAGCUAACAAUCACAUUUACUCUUCUAUUUGCUGGUGAGAAGUUCUUCGACAUUGACAGCGGCCGUAAUGCUCCCCUCCACUCCCCGCCAUCUGAACACUACACAAUCAUAUUCAACGUCUUCGUCAUGAUGCAGCUUUUCAAUGAGAUCAAUGCUCGGAAGAUUCAUGGAGAACGGAACGUGUUCGAGGCAAUCUAUCGGAACCCCAUAUUCUGCAGCGUUGUGCUGGGUACCUUUGCUCUGCAGAUCAUUAUUGUGCAGUUUGGUGGGAAGCCAUUCUCCUGCACGGCCCUCACUAUUGAUCAGUGGCUCUGGUGUGUCUUCAUUGGGGUUGGUGAGCUGCUCUGGGGACAGUUCAUCUCUGCCGUCCCCACGCAUCGCCUCAAGUUCCUGAAAGAGGCCGGUCGUGGCAUAACGAAAGAGGAGAUCCGAGAGGAGGUGAUGACUGAGGGUGAUGAUGUUGUCGACCAUGCCGAGAUGGAGAUGCGUAGAGGACAGAUUUUGUGGUUCAGAGGCCUCAACCGCAUCCAGACUCAAAUGGAUGUGGUUUAUACAUUCCAGACAGGCCAAACGGCAGUGCCCGGGGCCCUGCGUCGCCAGCCCUCUGUGGUCAGCCAACAAAACGACAUUAAGGUGGUGAAUGCAUUCCGUAGCUCCCUGUACGAGGGCCUAGAGAAGCCAGAAUCCAGAAGCUCCAUCCAUAACUUCAUGUCCCAUCCUGAGUUUGUACCCCUGUCUGAGGAGCAAGCCCACGUCCCAACGAUAGAAGAGGGCUGUGUAGAGAUCGAGUUCCCCUCCUCUUCCCGAAACGGAGGUGGCGGCGAGCCCCCAGAUCACUCUCUCCACAGCCGGGAAUGUUCCGUCUGACCCUCACACUACCCUCCGUUGUCCAGUGUCAUUGCCCCGAAAUGUUUGUUUUUUACCUGCGUACCGGACGCCACCACUCAUCCGAUGAACCUGCGGGGAGCCCUGCCGAUGCGCAUCUGAGAGACAGCACCUAGAGCAGCGAACGGGGCGACCGUGAUCCUCCUCAAGCAUCCUCCGUACCCACAUCCCACACCCCUCUGCCCCCUCGACUUGCACUGUGUCGCCAGAAGCAGCAGCAGCAGCGCUCUGUAAGUACAUGCGGCUGUGCUGCAGCCCAUGUGACGCAUGGCCUAACUCACACACUAGAGGGAGACGCUGCGGCAGACGCCCUCUCUCAGCCUGUCACUGGCAUUUUUAUCUCUUCUGCAGUUGUGAUUUUUCUCAUUUUUAUAUCGUCUCUGAUCUCGUGUAUUGCUGUAAUCAUGUUUGUUUGUGGCCCAGGACUCUCAUUUACAUUUGGUUUCAGUUUUGGUUUUCACCGAUCCAGCCGAUUGUGUUCAUGCACCUGUUUGGAUGCAUGAUUUUAGAUUUCUUGUUUUUGUUUUGUUUUAAGGUGGAUUCAGAGUCAUGGUGAAGCUAUCAUGUUACACUUUUUUAUGUUAUGUUCUAAUGAACAGUUUUAAGUAGUUCAGACACACUACAUUCUUAUCUCAGUAAAACAUGCCGAUAGGCCAAUUUGGGGUUUUCUGUCACUUUAUAUGUACAGAUGUAAGGCUGCUAUGGUGAACAUUAGCAGAAUUAAGACUCUAAAGCUUAUUCAAUGAGUUAAGAAUACCUGAUUGGCUCUUAAAGGGGCAGGGAGGGUAAUCCUACAUCAUCUCAUCAAAUCACACCCAACGGGCAUCUCUAGUCUCUUGUUAGAUAUUUUAAUGCUUAUCUGCCUCAAAACAAAUGCCCUGGCUAAUUGACCAAGUACUUUAUCAAAGGUACAGCACAUCACCGUAGUGUGCAUGUAUCUAUCUGUAGGUUCAUCUGUGUCUGAUUGUAUGGGAAUGGGAAUUGUUAUGCUUAUCUACUAAUAAAUAAAAUGUUCCUUUCUAUCUCUUUUAGAGUAAAAAAUAGAAGUGAUUCUAAUGUAUGUGCGUACUUUCAAACUAAACCUAUUCAGUCUUUUCACCUCUUGAUUGGCUCUGCAGUUAGGUGUCCUGUUUGUUAUCUGACAUCACCCACAGCUUCAAGGGGUUAAUCAGUUUUUUAGAUAGCACUGGUGAACCCCAAAAUCCCACCAUCUGUCUGCACGUGUACAUUUAAGGCCCGUAGUAAGCAUGCUUUUGCUAUUAGGAUUUAAGGCCGCAAAAAAACACAUACACACACACACACACAAUAACCUCUGUUGGACCCUGACAGCUCUCUGUUCGGCCCGACCGGGCGGUUCUGUAAGAGCGUAGCCUCAACGAACAUGUGCUUUUCAUUAGGUGAAUCAUACUACUGCCAUAGUCCGACCUUUCGCUCGUACCAGUCUGGGUUAAAUAGAUUCAAGUUCCACCUUUUCUACUUGCUCAGAGCCAUAUUUUAUAGAUUGUUCUUUUAUAUCCCAUUGUUUUUGCAAUUUAUUUUGUAUUUCCAGCUAAAUUCAAAACAAACAGAGAGUCACUGCCUAAAGAAAAAAGAAAAACAACUUAGACGGACCACUUUAAUGUUUACGGAAUGGCUCCACAGCAGUCCGCUGAUGCUGCGCUUCCCCCUACUGGCAGUUUUUGUUAUUUUUCGGUAUAUUAUUGUGGGGAAGCAUGCAUGGAUUUCAUAUAAAAUUCAAUGUUUUGUUCCUUUUUUACAAUUGUUCUGUAUUUUUAUAUUAAGUACUUUUUAAUAUUUUGGAAAAAUAUAAAUAUAGGUGUAUAGGCCAGAGAGUUUGGUGAUUGAUUGACAAAUUAACAAAACAUCAGUUGAGUAUAUAUUGCAGUUAUAUAUAUAUAUAAAUAUUUAUGCCACAUUUGUAACCACAUGAGGUGUCAGAUUUGAUGUCCAAGCUGAGAAGUUGUGUUUACUGUAAGUGUGAGGACCGAUCAAGUUCUCAUGAGGAAAGUGAGCAUUUAUUGGCCUUAUUCAUAUGGCUUUUCACGCUGUCCUUACCCCAGUUUAUCUUUAUUAUUACAUCCCUUUACCUGGGUUUAAAAUGAAAAUAAUCCAGGGUUAAGCACAGUUUGAAAAGCUUCCAAACCGAAAUUUUUAUGUGCUGGCUACGGUGAAGUCUUUAAAAUAAAUAGUUUUGCCACUUAAUUAGAUUCCAAUAAAGUUUAACAGACUAAAGCGCAAGACUUCAAGUUAAAGUUUUCAAACUCGACUGUCUUGUAUAUUGUUUAGGCGGAUACAUCAUUGUAAAUUAUUUUCUGUGAGUUUUUAUGUAAAAACCAUCAAACCAUGGCAAAGAGCAGGUUAUCCAAAAUAAUAACAUGUGUUUGUCCCCACAUAAAAGCAUGUCUGUGUGUUGUUGAACUACGAUUUAUCUUUGUGCAAACUUUAAAUGCUUCAUUGUAUGCAGCUCUGAAUACAAAUUAAAUAUGCUUGUUUUCCAUGAAAGUACAAGGGAUGCAUUUGAUCUUAUGUGGAAGCAGUCGGUGGUUUCCAAAUUAGAGCUUUAUAAAAUUUCUGCCAAAGUGUUGGUUUGUACAAUCAGUUUUACUUUUCUGUUUUCGCUGUCAUUGGAUCAACUGUUUAACUGGACUGCAUCCUUAUUCUACUGUUUUCUCCAUGAGGAUAUGAAAUAUGGUAUAUUCCCUCAUUGCUUGGACAUGUAAUAAUUACACAGAAAAAAAGAGAAACAAUCCACUGUCUUAAUUUUAUGUUUUGUCCCUUUUAACUUUAAUAGCUCUUGCGAUCAGUUUUUGUUAUUGCACAUGUUACUCUCUCGCAUUGUGUAAAGAGAGAGACUCUUGCUUCAAGGUGUUGUGCAAUAACUUUGAAUUUUAAUGCAUUACUACUCUACUGAAGUUGUCUGACAGUUCUCGUUUGUUUGGGUGGGGACAAAUGAUACACCACAGCUGUAAAUAAAAGAUUGUGUUUUAAAACUGGAAUGUAACAGAUUAAGUUAUAACCAUUUAUUUUGCAUAUAUUAAGUCAGAUUUCAUCUGGUGUCGAGUGAAUUCAAAUUUGUAUGUGAUUGCGAGGGGGAAAGCAGUCGGAAGAACAUCUGUACGUUUCUGUAAUUCAUAUAAAACGCAGUAAUAUGCA